AUGACGCGACGGUUUACUUUGCUGGCUAGUCUUGUUAUUCUCUCAAUGGCCACAGGAAGUACAGGAAAGAAAGGAGCAUUUGAAAGGAUACUGGAUAUCAAUCAAGGAAAAGGUUAGUUUCAGUGAAAUUAGCGUUAAAUUAUGGAGCUCAAGUAGCCGAUUUAAAUGGCUUGACCAUUGAGUAACUGGAGCUAACUGGGAGUAAGUUAUAUUUUGAGUCAGUACAGUGGUGUAACUGCAGUAUUUUGUUAUAUUGUGCUGUGGAACUGUUUUAAGGGAUUAAUUUUAACCCAGUUUCCUGUACAACUUCUUAUUAGCCAAGAAAAGAAGCCAUAGCUUCCACCAAACAGUCCCAUAAUGCAAUUGGACACAACACCGAGCCAGUCUCCAAUCAACCAUAAAAUGGCCAAUGCAAAUGGUGAAAUCUCCCCCCUCCCCCACCCCAAAAAAGGUCAGCCAAUUAAUGAUAACAAUGUUUAUCUUCUAAUCAAAGAUAUAAACUUCCAUCUUCAAAUCAGUGUAAUUGUGUUAAAAUGGUAAAUUGUUACCUGAAUGAAAGGACAAAAAGAUCAAGAUUUCAAAGGUUAUACCAACACCAAUCUUUAUUCGAGGAAACUGAGCAAAGUAUUUCAUUGGUUUUAGGGCCACAUAGAAUGUCUUCAUUGCAAGUUUUUGUUCUAAGAUAUCGAUGUAGUUUUCAAUUUAUUGCUGGUUAUUUCCUAAUGUGGCAUCCACUACCGGACUUUGCAUUGCUAAAGGCAUCAUUUUUAUUUCAAUUAUAAAACAACCUUGUGAUACCAUGUACCUCCUUUGAAGAUAACACGGAGAGUCCGCAGCUUUUGUCUCAUUUAUACGAAGGAGACAUAAAGCUGACAGAGAGACAAAGACUAAAUGAAUUGGUCUUUGGUGAUCCGGAUGGUUCCCCUGCACGUGCGGCAACUAAUGUGGACAAGAUUAAGUGGCCCAAUGCUGUCAUUCCGUACGAGUUUGAUUGUAGUGUAGGUGAGUUUAUAAAUAUAUAUAUAUAUAGAAAUGUUGGUUAAUAAGGCCAUUAACAGAGCCAUGGAAAGUUAUUUUUUUUCUAGGGUGGGAGAACGAUACAUUUCUUGGCCUUUCAAAAUUUUCGAUGUUUGGAGGCCAGGCUUCCAAUAAAACCAACUAAAUACUAUCUUAUAUGAAUGCACCAAUCCAUGGACAAUAAGACCAUACUCCAGCGCCUUUUGCCGAUAAACCUAUAUAUCGUCUCAGUAAUAGUUCCUCUAGGAAGGCGAAGAUAUUGCAUCUCACACUACGCAUUCCCGCGUGUAGACCAGGCUAAAACAACAACAGUUACAGAUCCUCGAGGAAAAUUACUGAAUUAAAGGCAUGACAAUGAGAGUUCAGAAAUCCGAAUUAUCGUCAUGUGACUAAGGCUAAACACUAAAACUAUUAAAAAUUUUUCCAGCAAGUAUUGAUCGUGCGGUACGAACAACACUGGAAGCUAUGGCGGAGUGGGAGAGCAAAACCUGCAUCAGAUUCGUCAAGAGAACAACUGAGAAGGAGUUCUUGUGGCUUAAUCGAGGACAAGGGUAUGAUCAUAUAUUAUGAAUUCAAAAUAAAAUCAGUAAAAACGAAACUUUAAAUGGGGUACAUGUUAAUCUGUUUCUUUGAGACAUAAGUACACCUAGUAGUGCUGCGUAUAAGGGGGGCAAAUGUCAUGAGCUCCUUCGAUUUGCCUUGUUUGUGUUUUUUUUUUGUCCAAAACGGUUUUAAAGCUAAAACAUCUUCUCUUCCGUAGCAUUACAAUAAUCGCUGAGAAACACCUUGCACGAAUGUAGUUCUGAAAGGUCACGCGAUAUGACGUCAUAAUUGGCACGAGUUUACGCCAUUUUUAAUAUAUUUUACAUGAAAACUCUGAGGAGAUUCGAUGCUGUCCUUUUAUUUGUCCAUGUUUAAUGAAAAUUUUUUAAUUAAACAGAAUCUUAUUGCUCAUUACGACUUUUCACUUUUGACAGCUGUUGGUGUGAGGUUGGUAAGAUUCCAAGACGAGAAACCUGGCUUUCCAUUGGUCAUGGCUGUGAAUACAAACACGUCAUGACACAUGAGCUCGGUCAUGCCAUUGGCUUUUGGCAUGAACAAAGCAGACCUGAUAGGGACAACUACCUGAAGAUACACUGGGAAAACAUUAACGAAAGUAAGAGACAGAUGAUAGCAAAGUUUCAAGCAUGAUACCCAAGGGAUAAGAGAACUGUAUAUAGACUCUAUUAGGGCUAGGAAUACUUAUCAAAGCCGAGGAAUGAGAUACAUUAAAUUUGGAGAAGGGAACAGAAUUAGUGAUUCAACAGAGGGGCAGCAUUCGACUCUAACCGAUUGAACUAAGAAGUUCCAAAAAAUAUAGUGAACAUUCGAAGUCCAAAAUGAAAACAACAUAUCACUACAAAAUAGCAGUCAUAGAUUAACAGUACGCAGUAGCCGAUGACAUCAAAUAUUAUGCAAUGAGAAACGUUUCAGUAUUUAAAUUGUAUGUGAUCUCAAGUAAGCUAACGACAGCUCGUGCUCUUGCAAAAAAUUCCAACUAUAUCACUAGGUAACAUUGACACUCUUAACUUCUUUCCAAGUUUUCCAAAAAAGAAAAGCAGCCAUUAAGUUACAUCAAGCCGUGGGACAAGAGAAUAAUGUUCCUAUGAUAUUUAUAUCUAUAUUUUUAGACAUGAAGUACAACUUCAAGAAGAAAGUUCAAGGAAGUGAAGUAGUUGACUAUGGAGUUCCGUAUGAUUACGCUUCAAUCAUGCACUACCCUUGGAAUGCAUUUUCGAACAAUGGCCAAGACACAAUGGAGCCGAUCAGGCCUCUACAUGGAAAGACCCCAUAUGUAAAACUCAGCGACGAUGAUGCUUUGCAGGCGCGUAGGAUGUACAAAUGUCCAGGUAAAAAUUCAUUGACGAUAUAAUAUAUGGAAUUAGCCAAGUCUAAAAGCGGAGCUGCGUAAAAUUUUAUCCACCUACGUUACAUUUGCUUCCAUAGCAAAAUUUGAACGUCAAAUCACUUUGCUACCAAACGAAAUUGGUUGUUUAUGUUUUAUAAGAGGAAUUUCAGCUCGCGCUUUCAUGUGCGUUCGUGAAGCUCUGUUAUUAGCCUCGGUCUACCUGGUACUCAAAAGAAAAAAAGAGAAGGGGGAGAACGGAGCACGCGAGGGGGAGGAGUGUUCUCCUAACUUUUCCUCGCUUGCCUAAGCUGCGUUUUCUAGCACCCACGCUUCUCUCUCACUGCUAUUUUUCGAAAUACUGCCACGCAAGGGAUAGUAUAACCACUGGAGCAGAGCUCAAAACAAAGUCCUGUUUACCUGUUUUCACUCCUACUAUUCUGAUGUUAUUAUUCUGUUCAAAGAUUUACUAUUUUUCAUUUUUUUCCAGCCCGAAGCGAAGUUUCUUCACUUGAGGAACAACGAACAGCAGGUAUCACAUUUGACGCGUUGAAUUUUUUGUUUUUAGUUUUUUCACAGAAUAAUUUUGCCUUCGAAUUUUUGCAAAUUUAUCAUUAUACCAUGGCAAGAAUCACUUGUUAUAAUAACGUUGACGAACACUUCGUAAACAGCUGAUGACAGAGCUGGAUAGUGGACUUCUUCAGAAAACAUAGAUUAAGUUAGUGGUUCCCUAGUAAUGAGAUUUCAGUAUAGACUUUGUACAGAACUACAGAACUAGAUGGAACUACUUCUUCCAAUUCUUUGCAGCACGAAGAGAAUUUUGUGGUGACAAAGCUGAGGAAGUUAAAUGCAAGGGCUGGAAGGAGGAUGGGUUUUGCGAAGAGCACGAUGCUAUGAUUUAUCACUGCAAGAAAACGUGUGGCUUCUGUUCUUCUAGUAAGUAUGUUUGAAUUUUAAUAAACGUUAUUUGAACAUGCGUUCGAUUAGUUGUGUUACGAAGAGAUAAAUAGUUGAGUCCAUGGUCAGGUUCCACAAUAGGUGACGAUCCUUCAAACUAGUGAAGGAACUGGUGGUCAACUAAACAACAACUACUACUACUACUACUGCCACUGUCACUGCCACUACCACUACCACUGCCACUGCCACUACCACUACCACUACCACUACCACUACCACUACCACUACUACUACUAUUACUAGAAAAAGAAAACAAAUAGAUUUGAAGAAAUAUUCAUGGCAUUUAUCAGGAAAAACCCUUUUCUGCAGAUAGUUGUAUGGACAACAACAAGCUGUGCAAGAAAUGGGCAGCUGAGGGGAAAUGUAAAACUGAUAAAGCCUAUAUGGACAAGAACUGUCCUCAUUCCUGUAACACCUGCAAAACAUGCACAGGUAAGUUGAACAAUUUUUGACUGGAGUGAACGCGUGAGCUACUUCAUCUUUAAAAUGUCAGUUAUCUCUUACAUUGGUAAAAUUUCAGUAAAACAAGUUUUAAAAGAUUUGUUAUAUUAGUUAAUUAAUAACUGAACCUUGAGUUCCAACAAUUCCCUGUAGAGGGUACUAAAGCACCUGAACUCGACGUUAGCUCAUAGGUUUGGCUUCCUGUAGGAAGAACUCAUGUUUAUUAUUAUCGUCAUCAUCAUCAUGAUCAUCAUCAUCAUCAUCGUCAUCAUUAUUAUUAUUAUUAUUAUUAUUAUUAUUAUUAUUAUUAUUCCCAGUCUCCUUUUUCACUGAAUAAAAUAAAUAAAUAAAAAUAUUCUCAACAAAUAAUCUUUUACACAUUAGGUUAUCAAAUCUACAUAUACAAAAUCCAUUUAGGUUUUGAGCAAAAAGGGGAGGAAUUAAAAAAUCAUACUCUCUAAAACUACAUAAGACGGCGUGAAUCGAGACACUGGCCUAAACGGACACUUUCUCUUUUCCUUUACAGACCCAGACCCGAAAGUCUGCAAAGACAAUACCAAGACUGCUGAUUGCGAAGGCUGGAAGCGGGCUGGCUUUUGUACGGAGCAUCCUGCUAUGAUUGUUCACUGUAAGAAAACUUGUGGAUUUUGUUCGUCAGGUAAUAAAACUAUUUUCUUUGCAAUAAUACCGGCUGAAAGCAAACGACGGCGUAAUUUAUAGUGCGACUACUCGAACCGAGGCACUUCAUUUUUUUUUAUGCAAACGGACCAAUUAAAUUCAAGGUUCAACUAUGCAACUGUUGAAAACGUUAAAACCGUUUCAACUUUCCUGACCUCUCAGGAAAAAGACCUCAAAUUUAUGAAUCUAAUUGGUUCACUUGCAAAAAAAAAUUAAUAUCUUUUGUUUUCAAAAAACCUUCGUGAUUGGAUAAUCUUCUUCCAAGUGCCCCGGUUCGAGUAGUCGCGCUGUGAUGGAACAUGUGAAUUCUUCGGGAAAAAAAAUUCAUGGAGAAUUAAGCGGUCGGCACGUCGUUCAGAAAUAUUAAAUUUAAUUUGAGCGAUUUAUUGUUUAGAAAACUUCGUUGAUGUCAGCCUCGUUCCCAGUCGUCCUUGGCGAUUUCGGAUGUGACGUCACCUGUCCAGCUAUCGCACUAGGUUUCAAGCCUCCUCUGGUAACUCGAAUAGCGCAAACUGGCUUGGGUACGAAGCUGCGUCAAUGUAACUUUCCCCCUCAGAAGUUGGUACUAAGUAAGCUAGUAUAGCUGGCGUGACCAGACACGGGUAUUACGAAAAUAGUCGACGUCUGAGCGCGUGCGCAAACUUGGGGGAGUUUUCAAAAAAACAUGGUACUUUGUGUCGCAGAGUUGAACUGACCAACAAUCAGGUUUGGUAAAGGUAAUAAAAGAAGUUCCAAAAAAUAUAGUGAACAUUCGAAGUCCAAAAUGAAAACAACAUAUCACUACAAAAUAGCAGUCAUAGAUUAACAGUACGCAGUAGCCGAUGACAUCAAAUAUUAUGCAAUGAGAAACGUUUCAGUAUUUAAAUUGUAUGUGAUCUCAAGUAAGCUAACGACAGCUCGUGCUCUUGCAAAAAAUUCCAACUAUAUCACUAGGUAACAUUGACACUCUUAACUUCUUUCCAAGUUUUCCAAAACAGAAAAGCAGCCAUUAAGUUACAUCAAGCCGUGGGACAAGAGAAUAAUGUUCCUAUGAUAUUUAUAUCUAUAUUUUUAGACAUGAAGUACAACUUCAAGAAGAAAGUUCAAGGAAGUGAAGUAGUUGACUAUGGAGUUCCGUAUGAUUACGCUUCAAUCAUGCACUACCCUUGGAAUGCAUUUUCGAACAAUGGCCAAGACACAAUGGAGCCGAUCAGGCCUCUACAUGGAAAGACCCCAUAUGUAAAACUCAGCGACGAUGAUGCUUUGCAGGCGCGUAGGAUGUACAAAUGUCCAGGUAAAAAUUCAUUGACGAUAUAAUAUAUGGAAUUAGCCAAGUCUAAAAGCGGAGCUGCGUAAAAUUUUAUCCACCUACGUUACAUUUGCUUCCAUAGCAAAAUUUGAACGUCAAAUCACUUUGCUACCAAACGAAAUUGGUUGUUUAUGUUUUAUAAGAGGAAUUUCAGCUCGCGCUUUCAUGUGCGUUCGUGAAGCUCUGUUAUUAGCCUCGGUCUACCUGGUACUCAAAAGAAAAAAAGAGAAGGGGGAGAACGGAGCACGCGAGGGGGAGGAGUGUUCUCCUAACUUUUCCUCGCUUGCCUAAGCUGCGUUUUCUAGCACCCACGCUUCUCUCUCACUGCUAUUUUUCGAAAUACUGCCACGCAAGGGAUAGUAUAACCACUGGAGCAGAGCUCAAAACAAAGUCCUGUUUACCUGUUUUCACUCCUACUAUUCUGAUGUUAUUAUUCUGUUCAAAGAUUUACUAUUUUUCAUUUUUUUUCCAGCCCGAAGCGAAGUUUCUUCACUUGAGGAACAACGAACAGCAGGUAUCACAUUUGACGCGUUGAAUUUUUUGUUUUUAGUUUUUUCACAGAAUAAUUUUGCCCUUGAAUUUUUGCAAAUUUAUCAUUAUACCAUGGCAAGAAUCACUUGUUAUAAUAACGUUGACGAACACUUCGUAAACAGCUGAUGACAGAGCUGGAUAGUGGACUUCUUCAGAAAACAUAGAUUAAGUUAGUGGUUCCCUAGUAAUGAGAUUUCAGUAUAGACUUUGUACAGAACUACAGAACUAGAUGGAACUACUUCUUCCAAUUCUUUGCAGCACGAAGAGAAUUUUGUGGUGACAAAGCUGAGGAAGUUAAAUGCAAGGGCUGGAAGGAGGAUGGGUUUUGCGAAGAGCACGAUGCUAUGAUUUAUCACUGCAAGAAAACCUGUGGUUUCUGUUCUUCUAGUAAGUAUGUUUGAAUUUUAAUAAACGUUAUUUGAACAUGCGUUCGAUUAGUUGUGUUACGAAGAGAUAAAUAGUUGAGUCCAUGGUCAGGUUCCACAAUAGGUGACGAUCCUUCAAACUAGUGAAGGAACUGGUGGUCAACUAAACAACAACUACUACUACUACUACUGCCACUGUCACUGCCACUACCACUACCACUGCCACUGCCACUACCACUACCACUACCACUACCACUACCACUACCACUACUACUACUAUUACUAGAAAAAGAAAACAAAUAGAUUUGAAGAAAUAUUCAUGGCAUUUAUCAGGAAAAACCCUUUUCUGCAGAUAGUUGUAUGGACAACAACAAGCUGUGCAAGAAAUGGGCAGCUGAGGGGAAAUGUAAAACUGAUAAAGCCUAUAUGGACAAGAACUGUCCUCAUUCCUGUAACACCUGCAAAACAUGCACAGGUAAGUUGAACAAUUUUUGACUGGAGUGAACGCGUAAGCUACUUCAUCUUUAAAAUGUCAGUUAUCUCUUACAUUGGUAAGAUUUCAGUUAAACAAGUUUUAAAGGAUUUGUUAUAUUAGUUAAUUAAUAACUGAACCUUGAGUUCCAACAAUUCCCUGUAGAGGGUACUAAAGCACCUGAACUCAACGUUAGCUCAUAGGUUUGGCUUCCUGUAGGAAGAACUCAUGUUUAUUAUUAUCGUCAUCAUCAUCAUCAUCAUCAUCAUCAUCAUCAUCAUCAUAAUUAUUAUUAUUAUUAUUAUUAUUAUUAUUAUCAUUAUUAUUAUUAUUAUUAUUAUUAUUAUUAUUCCCAGUCUCCUGUUUCACUGAAUAAAAAAAAAAUAAAUAAAAAUAUUCUCAACAAAUAAUCUUUUACACAUUUAGUUAUCAAAUCUACAUAUACAAAAUCCAUUUAGGUUUUGAGCAAAAGGGGGAGGAAUUAAAAAAUUAUACUCUCUAAAACUACAUAAGACGGCGUGAAUCGAGACACUGGCCUAAACGGACACUUUCUCUUUUCCUUUACAGACCCAGACCCGAAAGUCUGCAAAGACAAUACCAAGACUGCUGAUUGCGAAGGCUGGAAGCGGGCUGGCUUUUGUACGGAGCAUCCUGCUAUGAUUGUUCACUGUAAGAAAACUUGUGGAUUUUGUUCGUCAGGUAAUAAAACUAUUUUCUUUGCAAUAAUACCGGCUGAAAGCAAACGACGGCGUAAUUUAUAGUGCGACUACUCGAACCGAGGCACUUCAUUUUUUUUUAUGCAAACGGACCAAUUAAAUUCAAGGUUCAACUAUGCAACUGUUGAAAACGUUAAAACCGUUUCAACUUUCCUGACCUCUCAGGAAAAAGACCUCAAAUUUAUGAAUCUAAUUGGUUCACUUGCAAAAAAAAAUUAAUAUCUUUUGUUUUCAAAAAACCUUCGUGAUUGGAUAAUCUUCUUCCAAGUGCCCCGGUUCGAGUAGUCGCGCUGUGAUGGAACAUGUGAAUUCUUCGGGAAAAAAAAUUCAUGGAGAAUUAAGCGGUCGGCACGUCGUUCAGAAAUAUUAAAUUUAAUUUGAGCGAUUUAUUGUUUAGAAAACUUCGUUGAUGUCAGCCUCGUUCCCAGUCGUCCUUGGCGAUUUCGGAUGUGACGUCACCUGUCCAGCUAUCGCACUAGGUUUCAAGCCUCCUCUGGUAACUCGAAUAGCGCAAACUGGCUUGGGUACGAAGCUGCGUCAAUGUAACUUUCCCCCUCAGAAGUUGGUACUAAGUAAGCUAGUAUAGCUGGCGUGACCAGACACGGGUAUUACGAAAAUAGUCGACGUCUGAGCGCGUGCGCAAACUUGGGGGAGUUUUCAAAAAAACAUGGUACUUUGUGUCGCAGAGUUGAACUGACCAACAAUCAGGUUUGGUAAAGGUAAUAAAUAAAUUCAAAAGUAGUCAUUUCCAUCACUAGCGCUAGCCCACCAUCGCUCUUGAGAACAAUCGCUAUAGCGCUUGCGUUCAGAACCUUUUUACAGUGGCCAUAAAUUUUAAUCGACUUUUGAAGUUGAAAAUACGAGAUUCCGUGUCAAAGAAAGGCCACUUCUAAUAAACAAAACAAGUGAACUCAUUUCGUGUUCCUUUACACAGAUUACUGUGUCGAUCUCAAGUCUGACUGCAAAACGCGAGCUAAGCGAGGUGAUUGCUCCUCAGACUCAGCCAAAAUGGAGAGGGAAUGUCCCCACACAUGCGGUUUCUGUGAUGAGUGUUCAAGUGAGUGUUAGGAAAGUUAACUUUCUAAAAGGGCAAUACUUUGGAGCAAACGAUUCAGACAAGUGCUCAUUCAAUAUGGAUGCUCUGGUGACAAGGCACCGUUACAGAUUGAUUCCCCUUAUUUAACCUAAUCCAUGUAUAACAAGCCCAUCUCCCUUCUCUUACCAUUUAGAAGGCUCAAGCUCAAACAAUAGUUUCAAUCAAGUAAAAAUCCGUGCACUGAAAAAAUUAAUAUUAGCUAAGUCAAGAUUAGUAAGUCACUUGUAACACUACAAGAAUGAUCAAAGUGAAGAGAGCUCAGACUUUAAGCAAAUCGGUUCAGAAACCCAUCAAGUCACAUUCAUUUUUGAUUGGUAAAAAAAAUUGCUAACACUUUCAAGAGCAAAUAACUGAGGUUUCUCUAAACGCCAUUAACCCUUGGUCUACUCAGAAUAAAAGCCCAUUAAACUCGUUUUAAGUCUGCAGCAUUUGUUUGUUUUGUUUUCUUUCAUGUAGAGCCAAAGCCAACCGUGGGACCAACAAACUUUCCUACUCUUCCAACACAUUUGUCCAACAGGACUGGAGUGGGUGAGUCAAAUUAAUAACAACAAACAUGAGGCAAUUCAAUUUCGCCUUAGUUACGACUCUUAAGCCAAACCUCCCAAUGUGGUUUAUGAUUCACACCUUCACCACUUCAACAUCUGACAGUAAUAAAAACUACCAGCCGUCGAGUGUUAGUGUUCGGCAUUAAUGUAUGCGGGAAAGGUAAUGGUUUGAUCUCAAGGAAACCGACCAACUCUUUGAAGGCUUUCACCGAGAUGUUAUAAAACGGAAACUACCUUUGAAAAAAAGUAUCUUUACUGACUGACACCUCAGAACCUCAAACUCAGCUCAAAUCUUCUGAUACGUUACGGAAAGAACAUCAUGGCCCGAAAGCAAAGGCCGUCCUAGUUAUUUAAUUUUUUCAAUCACUUUGAAUUUUAAUAGGUCUGAUAUGUAAGGACAUAAGGGAGGAAUGCCAACAAUAUGCUGCAAUGGGGCAGUGCGUCACCAAUGGCUGGACUGAGGAAAACUGUCGAAUCAGCUGCAAAACCAAGUGUGAUACGUAUCCUAUUAAACCAAACGGUAAACAAGUUACAACUUACAAGAGAUCAUGAUAUCUCGGUUACAACUUUUUCGAUCUUGUGAGUAAGUUAACCCGGAUUCCAUAUGAUCGCUGCGAUCGCUGAUAAAAAAGUUCAGCGAUAGUAGCUCAAAUGGAAACCACUCUCGAUCGUAGCGAUCGCAGCGAUCAUAGCGAUCAUGGAAACCAGCCUUUAGUCUUAACCGAACGGAAACUGGAUUUCCAAAGUUCAAAUCUGUAAACAUUUUUUCAUUUAAAUUUUAUCCGGGAUAUUGAACUGAAUAAUGAGUAUGAAACAACGGAAAUAAAAUUUACACCAAGGAUAAAAUUUGUGGCGUGAAAUUCGAGACGAAAGCCUGCGCAUAACGGAAUUAGAGUUCGAAACUCACUCUCUUUUCUUUUUUUAAGAUAGUUUGUUUUUAGUUCUCUACCGUCUUUGAUCUCGAAGGCCUUUUUGCCUGCCGCACUCAAGAACCAAACUUCAAACUUCUAUUUGGAUCUCAACGGGCAUUUGGUAAACGAUUUCCUUUCUUGGAGUAUAAACAAACUUCAUUAACUGUCGUCAAAUACCAAAGACAAUAAACUAGUAACGUCAUUUCUUGAAAUCCACACUCCAGUUCAUCACUUCCACUGCUGAGAUCCUUUCUCUUUCUCUGUCUCGAUCAGUCGCCUUUAAUUCCACCUUUUUUUCAUUUUAGGGACCUGCUCCGACGCUUUUGGUCUUGGGUGGCCUGGAGGGUUCACACUCCCCAAUAAGGCCUUCAGUGCCUCGACAGAAUACAGACCAAGUAAGUCCACAUAUAUCAAUAACACUUAGAUUUUAGUUUAAAGUUAUCUCGCAUCCAGUACAAAUAUUGAAUAUAUAAUAAUAACAAUAAUAUAUGUGGUCGUCACGAGAGGUUCUGAUUAUAGGGCGAUUUGACAGGGAAAAAUAAUUUUAGUGUUCUGGGUAAGUGGUCGCUUAUGGGAGGUGGUCGCUUACACGAGAGGUGGUUGCACAUCGAAGUUCGACUGUGUUACCAUAAAAUACCAGGAUACCUGAUAGACUUGUGUAUGGUCCGCCAAUUCUCUUUGAAAAGCCAUCUGAAAAAUUGGUCUAGGAAAAAAUAUCACCUAAAAGAAACUGAAAAGAAAUUUUGCUAUGUAAAUAAAACCCAAGGAAGAGGAAAAUACCGUCUAAAUGACAGUGGUCUCAUAAGAUUAUAACUAUAGCGGCCACAUAUGGUAAAAGCACCCGUCUUGUAAAAUUUAGAGGUCUUGAAUAAAUUAUCUACUUUAAUAGAGCCAAUCUAAACGGCAUAAGCUCAGGCAUAUUUAACGAGUGUAUUCACACCGGGUUUAUUUCAGGUGGUUGGAGAGCAUCUGCGGACAAUGCUCGUCUUUACUUUGAGGACGAUCAGGAUAACAAACGAAUUGGCGCUUGGUGCGCAACAGAUCGAGAAAACCAGUGGCUGCGGGUUGACUUAACGGGUAUUACGAAAAUAGUCGACGUCUGAGCGCGUGCGCAAACUUGGGGGAGUUUUCAAAAAAACAUGGUACUUUGUGUCGCAGAGUUGAACUGACCAACAAUCAGGUUUGGUAAAGGUAAUAAAUAAAUUUAAAAGUUGUCAUUUCCAGCGCUAGCCCUAGCCCACCAUAGCUAUUGUGACCUUUUUAUAGUGCUCAUAAACUUUAAUCGACUUCUGAAGUUAAAAAUACGAGAUUCCCAUGUCAAAGAAAGGAAACUUCUAAUAAACAUAACAAGUGAACUCAUUCUGUAUUUCCUUUAUGAAUACAAUAGAUUACUGUGUCGAUCUUAAGUCUGACUGCAAAACGCGAGCUCAGCGAGGUGAUUGCUCCUCAGACUCAGCCAAAAUGGAGAGGGAAUGUCCCCACACAUGCGGUUUCUGUGAUGAGUGUUCAAGUGAGUGUUAGGAAAGUUAACUUUCUAAAAGGGCAAUACUUUUGAGCAAACGAUUCAGACAAGUGCUCAUUCAAUAUGGAUGCUCUGGUGACGAGGCAUCAUUAGAGGUUGAUUCCCCUUAUUUGACCUAAUCCAUGUAUAACAAGCUCUAUAAAGUUCAAAUCAUGAUUGAACAAAAGUAUAACUUAUCUCCCUUCUCUUACGAUUUAGAAGGCUCAAGCUCAAACAAUAGUUUCAAUCAAGUAAAAAUUCCGUGCACUAAAAAAAUUAAUAUAAGCUAAGUCAAGAUUAGUAAGUCAUUUGUAACACUCCAAGAAUGAUCUAAGUGAAUGGAGUUAAGACUUUAAGCAAAUCGGUUCAGAAACCCAACAAGUCUGGCAGGGUGAAAAGAAAGUCAGUUUUACAGCCUGCCAUUCGGAAAAGCUGUAGCUAGCAUGUACUAGCCCACAAGUCAUUUCAACUAGCCGCAAAACCCUUUUUGAUUUGCAGGAUUGAUUACCAUCCCUCUGUAAUUUGAAUUUCCCCCAAAAAUUCACUUGCCCGUCGGACAAGUUAAGAACAGAAUUCACUAGCCCGAAAGCAAAAUCUACUAGCCCCGGGUUAUCGGACAUGACUUUCUUUGCACGCUGAGUCGCAUUCAUUUUUGAUUGGUAAAAAAAAAAUUGCUAAAACUUUCAAGAGCAACCAACUGAGGUUUCUUUAAACGCCAUUAACCCUUGGUCUACUCAGAAUAAAAGCCCAUUAAACUCCUUUUAAGUCUGCAGCAUUUGGUUGUUUUGUUUUCCUUCGUGUAGAGCCAAAGCCAACCGUGGGACCAACAAACUUUCCUACUCUUCCAACACAUUUGUCCAACAGGACUGGAGUGGGUGAGUGAAAUUAAUAACAACAAACAUGAGGCAAUUUCAUUUAGCCUUAGUUACGACUCUUAUGCAAAACCUCCCAAUGUGGUUUAUGAUUCACAUGGACCUUCACAACUUCAACAUCUGACAAUAACUAAAACUAUGAGCAGUCGAGUGUUAGUGUUCGGCAUUAAUGUAUGCGGGAAAGAUAAUACUUUGAAAGAACUCUUUGAAAGCUUUCACCGAAAUGUAAUAAAACGGAAACUACCUUUGAAAAAGAGUAUCUUUACAGACUGACACCUCAAAACCUCAAACUCAGCUCAAAUAUUCUAAUACGUUACGGAAAGAACAUCAUGGCCCGAAAGCAAAGGCCGUACUAAUUAUUUAAUUUUUUCAAUCACUUUGAAUUUUAAUAGGUCUGAUAUGUAAGGACAUAAGGGAGGAAUGCCAACAAUACGCUGCAAUGGGGCAGUGCGUCACCAAUGGCUGGACUGAGGAAAACUGUCGAAUCAGCUGCAAAACCAAGUGUGAUACGUAUCCUGUUAAACCAAACGGUAAACAAGUUACAACAUGAGAUCAUGAUAUCUUGGUUACAACUUUUCUGAUCUUGUGAGUAAAUUAACCCGGAUUCCAUAUGAUCGCUAUGAUCGCUGAUAAAAAACGUUCAGCGAUCGGAGCUCAUGUGGAAACUACUUUCCAACGAUCGACGCGAUCGCAGCGAUCAUAGCGAUCAUAUGGAAACCAGCCUUAAGUCUUGACCGAACGGACCCUGGAUUUCCAAAGUUCAAAUCUGUAAACAUUUUCUGAUUUAAUCAGUUAUCCAGGUUAUUGAACAGAAUAAUGAGUAAAAAAAACGGAAGUAAAAUUUAAACCAAGGAGAAAAUUUGUGGCGUGAAAUUCGAGACGAAAGUCUGCGCAUAACGGAAUUAGAGUUCGAAACUCAGGUCUCUUUUCUUUCUUUAAGUUAGUUUGUUUUUAGUUCUCUACCGUCCUUGAUCUAGAAGGCCUUUUUGCCGUCAUAACUUAAACUUCAAACUUCCAUUUGGAUCUCAACGGGCAUUUGGUAAACGGUUUCCUUUCCUGGAGUAUAAACAAACUUCAUUAACUGCCUUCAAAUACCAAAGACAAUAAACUGAUAUUGUUAUUUCUUGAUUUCCACACUCCAGUUCACCACUUCCACUGCUGAUAUCCUUUCUCUUUCUCUAUCUCGCUCAGUCGCCUUUAAUUCCACUUUUUUUCAUUUUAGGGACCUGCUCCGACGCUUUUGGUCUCGGGUGGCCUGGAGGGUUCACACUCCCCGAUAAGGCCUUCAGUGCCUCGACAGAAUACAGACCAAGUAAGUCCACAUAAUAUCAAUAAUACUCAGAUUUUAGUUUAAAGUUAUCUCGCAUCCAGUACAAAUAUUGAAUAGGUAAUAAUAAUAUACGUGGUCGUUUACGAGAGUUUCUGAUUAUAAGGAUUCGACGGGGAAAUUUUGGUGAUCUGGAUAAGUGGUCGCUUAUGAAAGGUGGUCGCUAACACGAGAGGUGGUAGCACACGGAAGUUCCACUGUAUUACCAUAAAAUACUAGGAUACCAUAGACUUGUGUAUGGUCCGCAAUCUGAAAAUGGUCUAGGAAAAAAUAUCAGCUAAAAGAAAGUGUGAUGAUUUUGCUAUGUAAAUAAAGCCCAAGGAAGAGGAAAAUACCGUCUAAAUGAAAAAGGCCUCAUUAUAACUAUAGCGGCCACAUAUGGAAAAGGGCACCCGUCUUGUAAAAUUUAGAGGUCUUGAAUAAAUUAUCUACUUUAAUAGAGCCAAUCUAAACGGCAUAAGCUCAGGCAUAUUUAACAAGUGUAUUCACACCUGGUUUAUUUCAGGUGGUUGGAGAGCAUCUGCGGACAAUGCUCGUCUUUACUUUGAGGACGAUCAGGAUAACAAACGAAUUGGCGCUUGGUGCGCAACAGAUCGAGAAAACCAGUGGCUGCGGGUUGACUUAGGAAAAACAAGGAAAAUACGAGCAAUUGCGACACAAGGUAANAGCUAAAAGAAAGUGUGAUGAUUUUGCUAUGUAAAUAAAGCCCAAGGAAGAGGAAAAUACCGUCUAAAUGAAAAAGGCCUCAUUAUAACUAUAGCGGCCACAUAUGGAAAAGGGCACCCGUCUUGUAAAAUUUAGAGGUCUUGAAUAAAUUAUCUACUUUAAUAGAGCCAAUCUAAACGGCAUAAGCUCAGGCAUAUUUAACAAGUGUAUUCACACCUGGUUUAUUUCAGGUGGUUGGAGAGCAUCUGCGGACAAUGCUCGUCUUUACUUUGAGGACGAUCAGGAUAACAAACGAAUUGGCGCUUGGUGCGCAACAGAUCGAGAAAACCAGUGGCUGCGGGUUGACUUAGGAAAAACAAGGAAAAUACGAGCAAUUGCGACACAAGGUAAGUAAUGCAGUUGAACACACCGUCAGACCAACGUCAAAGACACAAUCUGUUUAUAAAAAUUACAAGUUCACUUUGUCUGUAUUUUUUUUUCCUUGUUACAGUUGUUGGUGGUGGUGUUGGUUGAUGUUAUUGUCUCUUUUUGUUUGUUUGUUUUUGUUAUUUUUUUGUUCGCUUGUUUUUUCUUUUCAUUUGGAAAGUAAGAAAAGUCUACAUGUCUUGUCACAGUUAUAUACGCAUUUAAAUCAAUUGCGGAAAGUAAACUGUAACAAAAUUGGGGCUUACAUCUAUGUAGGGGUCACUCAAUGUUUUGAUCGCCCUUUGAUGUCUUUGAAGGUCGUGAUGUUUUCCAUGAGCAUGUUAAGGAAUACAAACUGGCCUUCAGUAAUGACGGAUCCAACUUCGAAGUUUACAAAGAAAAUGGAAAUGAGAGGGUAAUGUGGCACUUAAAAUAAGUGUAUCCGAAUGCGGUUUCUCACACACCACUGGCAGCCAUGCCAAACCGACCGCCGCAGACUGACCUGUAUUUCAAACACAUAACAUACCCCUCGAAAGGUGGGACACGAACAAAAUUACAAAGUUGCACCUUACAUUCAAUCUACAAAACUGAAAUCUUAGGGUGGGUGGGUGGGAAGGUCUGUAAUGGCGGACGCAACAAAGGCAACUGCCUGCCUUUCGGUCACAUGACCUAUACCCUGGCCCCGCGCGGUGCGUGAGAAAAGCAUUUUCCACUUAUUUCGUUACACUCAUGAUCAGUGGAAAAUUACCCUUAGUGAAGUGGAGUAGAACUUUAUUUAAAGAAGGUAACACCUGACAGUUAUAAUAAGAAAUGAUAAACUUGUAGCCCUCAUUUAGUCCAUUUUGUUUAGUUCUGCCGGUUACGAAAGUUAACUCUUGAGGGGAAGAAAUCACUUCUAACUGAGAAGUUCAUCGCUUCAUAACAAACAAAUAGGUCUCCAAAGCGUUAUAAUUCAAAGUUACAAAAAACACAACCACGAAAUCGGUGUCGGAAAAAUCAGAAGGUUUCCAUUUCUUCCGACUCCAUUGCUUACGAUCUCGAUCUCUCCUCCUACGAUUUUUUAAUUGGUCGAGUUAGCUUCGAGUUUUUCCGUUUUUACACGCGACUUUGAAGAAAAUAACCUUGUUUUCACAAGACCGUAAGCCAAGGAAUAGUAAGCGGAAUCGGAACGCUUUUUUACCAGAUCACAACGCUUUGCAAUUCGAAUUGCGACUCCGUCAGGCUGAACAGUUUUCGCUGUCCCAUUUAUUGAAAUCGGUUUUAAACUGCUUUAAUUUUGUGCAACUAUGUCUUCAUUAGUUGUUGGUUGUGUUGGUGAAAUGUUCUCUUACUGAAAAUAAAUAACUGAAAUUCGGUGAAUUUUGUAACACAACUCCUUUGAACAAUAGUACAUUAAUAAGUACAGCAACUUCAAAAACCUCAUUCCUUUAAAAUAAAGACUGCAAUCGGACAUCGGAUAAAAUCGGAUAAAUUGACUACUCUCUUCUAGAAUUUCAUCGGUAACUGUGACCAUUUCACACCUGUGAUCAACACAUUCAACCCGGUUACAGCAAGAUACGUCAAGAUCCUUGUUGGAAAGUCGGCAUAUCCAUGCAUGAGGCUUGAACUUUACGGAUGUGACGUCUAA